AUGAAUAUUUCACGCUUGCAUUUGGAUUUAGGGGCAGCAAGUUCCAGCGGAUUUAACGCAAAAGCAGUUUCGUUGUCGGACGUAACCGCCCAAAUCACUCCGACGUCCGUGACGUCACCGGUUUCGACCGCCGCUAAAGUGAGCCAAGCUACAAAAACAACGUUAUCCAUGCCGGAACCAGAUAUAGCGUUCCCGGCUGUACUCAAAGGAUCGCAGAAGCAAAGGGUUCCACCUCCAGUGCCUCCCAGAGGCUCGCCGAAAGCGAAAAGAGGGGGACACCAACCGACAUUCGACAGCAAAGGUGAUUUUAAUUUUAGCGUCGAUGCUGACGAUAACUUUGUUUAUGGGCAUGAUUAUAACUUUAAGGAUAUUGCAUGCCACGUGCCCUUGUCUGAUACUAUAGAUAUUUCCAAAUUAAACACCCUAGAGGGAAUAAAACCGCCCAAUCUAUUCGCUCAGUCCAACAUGAUGGCCAAGUUCGAUAUGAAGGAUGCGAUGCGCCACCAAUUGGACGGCGAUUACGACGAUAAAUCCUUUACUGAUUCAAGUAGCGAUGAGGAAAUUAUCAUUGAGGAACUGAAAGAUGUUCAAUAUGAUAAAGUCACGAACGUAAAGACGACUAAGAGUCGCUAUCAGUUCUUCAAGUUCUCAAAGAAGUCGCCCACGCCGACUCCAAUUAAAGUAGAAGAAUGUAUCUACUCCGAAUCGGAAGAUGAAAUGCCACCGGUUAAGAAACCUUCAACGUCACCAAUUGAACGAGAAAUAAGUGAACCUGUCAUAGCAAAGAUCGAAAAGCCUGAGAAACCUAAUAACCGCCCGAAACAAGGCCUCAUGUCUGGCUUAUCGAAGAAGUUCCCUUUCACCCAAUCCAAGAAGGAGAAAAAGGUGAAACCGAAGAUAGAAAUAAAAACGUACACGGAAGAACACGGUGAGAGAUCCAGGGACGAAGCUGUAUGCCGCGAAAAGGCUAAGACGCAAAUAAACAUGUUUCAGAAGAACAUACUCAAAUCUAAUACUGAGUCAGAGUGCAGUUCCAUUACAUCGAUGGCGACUCACCAAGUGCUUAAAUCGGUUCAACAUACAAACGUUGACCAGAAGAAAGAAGUAUUCGAGAAGAAGGCUGUUAAACCGAGACCUGGGAAAAGACCUGCGCCAAAACCUCCCGUAGCGACUUUGCAGCUUCCCAAGCCGAGCAACGUGACAGAUAAAAUUAGGAAGUUUUCUGUCACCGUAGUACCAGAGAACAGACCGCCGAAAACUUUUGGAGAAAUAAAGAGGAGCAGCUUCAAAAGACUAUCAGACAGGAAGAUAUUUAGAAUGAGAAAAGAGUUCGAAGUCGUACUGUGA